GUAGGUCCUGUAUACACCUAUAUAUAUAUAUGGCAGUGCUGCCCCAGCGACUAUAUUUUGUUGUAUGUACAAUACAUACAACUCAGUAACUCAAAAGUUAAAGCGAGCAAGUUCUAUACCCAACAGACACAGCUAUUAUCAACCUUCCCGUCUGGCAAUCGUUUCUCUGCAAAACCCUGAGAAGUAUCUUGGGUGCUCACCACCAUGAGCCAGCCAUACGAUGUCAUCAUUGCCGGCGCAGGGCCCAUCGGCCUCUUCCUAGCCUGUGAGCUGCGCCUAGCGGGCGCCUCAGUGCUAGUCCUAGAGCGCGACCCCAGGCCCGAGUCGCCCUUCAAGGUUGAGCCGCUGGGAUUCCGAGGCAUCAACACGGUGUCGAUUGAGGGUUUCUACCGGCGCGGGCUACUGAACAAGGUCUUCGACCCCAGCGAGCGGUCCUCGUUCUUCCAGAAGCAGCCCGGGUUCAAGUUCGGCGGCCAUUUCGCCGGCAUGAUGUUCAACGCCAACAAGCUCGAGUUGGAUCGGUGGAAGUACCGCCUCCAGGGGCCAGCCCUGCUUCCCGGCCCUACGACUAUCGAGCGCAUUGAGACGGCGUUGACUGAGCGAGCUGAGAGCUUGGGCGUCACAAUCCUCAGGGGUCAUGGCGUUACGGAAAUCGCGGCACAGGACGACGACAGCGUCACGGUCGAAGCUGGGGAGAACCAGUCUUUCCGCGGCAAGUGGCUCGUGGGGUGCGACGGCGGGCGAAGUACGGUUCGCAAGGCCGCGGGAUUCGACUUUGUCGGAACAGAGGCCAAGUUCACCGGCUACGCGGUCGAGUGCGAAUUGGACCACUCCGAGAAGUUGAAGCCGGGUUUCAACGCCACGAAUACUGGAAUGUACGUCUUCGGCGGACCAGCGGGCUUUGUGCACCUGGUGGACUUUGACGGCGCCGCCUUUGAUCGCACACAGGAGAUCACGCGGGAGCACGUUCAAGAUGUGCUGAGCCGCGUCACGGGCACCACGGACGUGAAGAUCACGACGAUGCAUCGCGCCUCCUCGUUCACAGACCGGUCUAAGCAAGCCACAAGCUACCGUAAGGGUCGCGUCCUCCUCGCCGGCGACGCCGCGCACAUCCACUCGCCACUCGGGGCCCAGGGCCUGAACCUCGGGCUGGGCGACGCCAUGAACCUUGGAUGGAAGCUGGCCGCGACGCUCCGACUGGAGUCUGGGUUGGACGGGUCUUCUGCAGACCUGGCGCUGCUCGAUACGUACGACAGUGAGCGUCACCCCGUCGCAGCCUGGGUACUUGGGUGGACGCGUGCGCAGGUCUCGGCGCUGCAGCCCGACCUGUACGGCGCGGCCGUCCGGGCGCUCAUUCGCGACCUUAUUGACACUACCGACGGGACCAACCUGUUCAUCGACCGCUUCUGGGGCCUGUCGCUACGGUACAAGCUCGGCGAUGACGAGGCGCACGCACACCCUGUCGUCGGCUGCAGCGCGCCCGAUUUCGAGCUGCUUGAUGGCUCGAGACUGGGACCCAAGUUGGAGGGGGGCCGAGGUUUGCUUGUCGAUUUCGAGGACAGCACGGUGCUCAAGGAACUGGUCAUUGGUGGCAAGUACGAGGCCAGAGUUGAGUAUCUUGGCGUGGGUGCGAAGGACAGGCGCGACCUCCGCGCCUUGUUGGUUCGACCAGACGGAGUCGUUGCCUGGGCUGCAGAAGACAACGUGGACCCCGAUGUAGACGCGGCGAAGACUGCCCUAGAGCAGUGGUUUGGAUUCUGAAUUUUGAAGCGUGCAUUGCGGUACAACGGUAAGAAACGUGUAUGAUACCACCAGAACACUACUCAGCAUAGACGAAAUAAUAUAUAAUAUAUAAGGG